ACAAAUAAUCAGCCCACAAAGGGACAACAAGGGAUCGCCGGAUAGGGAUCACCUCAACGCAACAAGGGGUCACCAGAAAAAGGGACCACCACAAUUCAACAAGGGAUCGCCAGAAAGGGAUCACCAAAGAAUCAAUCCAAGGGUAACCUAGAGCCAGAGCCAAAGCCAGAGCCAGAGGGAUCAACACCAAUCAACCAGAACUUCCGGACGCAAAGUCAGAGGAGCACCUCGACGGAAGGCCCCACCCAAACACCGCAACCAAAAAAGACGAAAAUUCCCAAAAUGGACAUAAUCAAGAUAUUACCAUUAACGACCCUUCUAUUGAUGACCCAGGGCCUAGCAACCGAAUAUAAAGUAACUCCAAUUCCUUCAUCCUCAGGAAUCAUAUUUCAUAACUUAGGCUUAGCAAAAAUAUCUAAUGAACAUUUCACUCUUUUAUCCUAUAUUAAUCUUACACAUAUAGAGGAGAAAGUACAAGUAAUUAAAGAUUUUUAUUCAAUAACACUCAGUACGUGUCACAUCGCAAUUAACGAUCAAUUGGCUAAUGAAUGUUUUAAUCAAAUGAAAUAUAUUCAAAAAAAGUUGGAAACUAUUCAAAAAUCAUUCAAUAUAAUUACUCAUAAAAUCAAUGUUAUAUCUAGAAGAAAACGAAGAGGAUUAAUGAAUGCCGUUGGCACGGGAAUUAAAUGGUUAUUUGGAAACCCAGACAGUGACGAUGCACAAUUUUAUUCUGAUUCCAUAAACUCGUUAAUUAAUAAUGAAAAACAAACCGAAGUUUUAAUGCAACAGCAAGUUAAUGUUAUUUCCGAUACCAUAACUAAUUUCAAUAAUUCACUCACUAGAAUGAAUGAAAAUAUUAAUAUUCUGAAUAAAAAUUUGAAAAGUUUCAAUAAAUUUCAACAAGAUAUGAUAACUAUUAAAAACAGUUUUGAAGUCGAAAUAGGAUUAUCCAACCACAUUAUUUUACUUAUCGAGAUGACAGAUGAGUUAACCAAUCAGUUGAAUGAAUACGUGAAUGAUAUUUCUCUUAUUUCAAAUAAUAUCAUCAGUUACAAUAUUUUACCACCAGAAACUCUUUAUUCCGAAUUGCAUAAAAUUUCUACGAAGCAAGACCUCCCAUUGCCAUUGAGCGUUGAAAAUAUUUUCAUCUUUUACAAAUUGCUAGAAAUGAAAUCAUUCAUUAACAAAGGAUUAUUAGUAUUAUCGUUCAAUGUUCCAAUUGUUACUAAAGGAAAAUAUGAAAUUUAUGAAAUAUUAUCAGCACCAGUGCCUCAUCAUGAAGAUCCAAUGUUAUUUUCAUAUAUUGAACCAAGUACACCUUAUAUCGUAAUUUCGAAAGAAAAAACCAAUUACUUUAAUUUGAAUACUUUAGAUAAAUGUUUCGAAACACUUCCAAAUAAUUAUUUGUGCAGACAUUUAUAUACUAUGAGGAAGACAAACAACAAUAAUCAAUGUGAAAUAAUAUUAUUUAAUGAAAGAGUUGAUGUAAUUCCGAAAAAGUUUUCGCAAGUGCAAAAUCCAUAA